AUAAAUCCUUUAUUUCUUGUCUUUCAACAACAAAAAAUUAUAUAACUUUCCUAAGAUUUCUUUGUUUCAAAGUUCAACCCUUUUAUCACUUACUCAUUUUCUACUUACAUCUAGCAUGUGUAAUAUGGUGUUAGUUUCUGUUUCCACGGCUGAAAAAGAAUCUUUCUUCUCAAGAUUACGUAAUAGGUUUUUCCUAAAAAAGACUAAUACUCCUAAGAAGGAACAUGAGAGUGUAACAACAACAACUAUUACUACUACUACUACCACUAUUGAUCGUUUAUCGGUGAGUGAUAGUAAUAGUGGCGAGUUAGAGAGGGUAUUUACGUACUUUGAUGAGAAUGGAGAUGGAAAGGUGUCACCAACGGAGCUAAGGAGAUGCAUGAAGGCGGUAGGAGGUGAGAUGACGGUGGAGGAGGCUGAGAUGGCGGUGAGGCUAUCGGAUUCAGAUGGGGAUGGGUUGUUAGGGUUGGAGGAUUUUACGAAGUUAAUGGAAGGAAUGGAGGAAGAGAGGAAUAAAGAGAGUGAGUUGAUGGGAGCAUUUGGAAUGUAUGAAAUGGAAGGAUACAUUACUCCUAAGAGCUUGAAGAUGAUGUUGAGUCGACUCGGCGAGUCAACCUCCAUUGAUAAAUGCAAGGUUAUGAUAAGGAGAUUUGAUAUCAAUGGAGAUGGAGUUCUUAGCUUUGAUGAGUUCAAAGUUAUGAUGACAACUUAGAAGAGAUAUUUGUGUACAUAAUUCUUUGGCCUUGGGCUUGUUAUUGUUAUUUUAUUUCUUCUUGAUUCUUGAGCUCAAAUGUUUCUGGUAAUUAUGUAAAUGGUUUUUGGUUGAGAUUUAUACAUUCAUAGAUUCAAAUUUGUAAUCAAUUCCUUGGUUUACUAACUUGGAGAAGUGUUACUUCAACAGUGGAAA